CGCCGGGCGGGGCGCUGAGGCGAGGCCGCGCCGGGGCCGGGGGCUCCGCGCCCCGCUCGCUGCGCUCCCCGGCCGUGGCGGCGGGCCCGGGCCCGAGCGGCGGGAUGGAGCCGGCGCGGCGCAGCGGCGCCAGGGAGCUGAGACUGCACGUAGUUACCUGGAACGUGGGCACAGCUUCUCCACCUCCUGAUGUCACGGGUUUACUUCAGCUCAAUUCACUGGGCCCAGCUAUGGAUAUGUAUGUUAUUGGCUUACAGGAGGUGAACUCAAGGAUCACGAAUUUUCUCUCUGACUUGGCAUUUGAUGAUCCUUGGAGCAUUUUUUUCAUGACUGUAUUGUCACCGUUAGGAUACAUCAAGCUCUCCUCCGUUCGCAUGCAAGGGUUGCUACUUCUGAUCUUUGUGAAGCAUAUCCACCUGCCGUUCAUACAGGACAUUCAUACCCAGUAUACACGCACAGGCCUCUAUGGAUACUGGGGGAACAAAGGAGGAGUUACCAUUCGCAUGUCCCUCUAUGGUCAUACAGUUUGUUUCAUAAACUGCCAUUUGCCAGCUCACAUGGAGAACACAGAGCAGCGAUUGGAUGACUUUGAGAAAAUUCUGGAAAUGCAGUUUGAAGAAGAGAAUAUUCCAAGUACCCUGGAUCAUGACAUUCUCUUCUGGUUUGGAGAUCUAAACUUCCGGAUAGCGGAUUAUGGUAUACAUUUUGUCCGAGAAUCGAUAAAUAACAGACGUUACAAUCUACUGUGGGAAAAAGACCAAUUAAAUAUGGCAAAGAAGAAGGAAGCGUUUCUUCAGGAAUUCAUAGAGGGUCCUCUGCAGUUCAAACCCACCUACAAGUUUGACCUUUACUCAGAUGUAUAUGAUACAAGAGAGCAGAAGUCCCUGUUUUGGUUUAAUGAGAAGAAAAGAAAACCAGCUUGGACUGAUAGAAUUCUUUGGAGAGUGAAGAAUCUCUGCCAGCAUACAUCAAAAGAAAGUGAAUUAUCUGAAGAAGAACAGACAAUAUCUGUUACUUUGAAUAACUAUAUCAGUCACAUGAGCUAUGGCAUCAGUGAUCACAAACCUGUUACAGGAACUUUUGGGCUUGAGAUGAAGCCUCUUGUAUCAAUUCCUUCUGUCACAUUGAAUCCUGAGGGUGAAUGGAGCGCUGAACAUGAUGUUUUAAUCAGCUAUUCUGCAGUGCCUGAGUUCUCAAGCAGUGCUUGGGACUGGAUUGGACUUUUCAAGGUGACAUUCAAGCAUGUGAAUGACUAUGUUACUUAUGCUUGGGUAAAAGAUGAUGAAAUUUCUUCCAACAAUGACAAUAAACAAGUUUACAUGAGUGCUGAAGAAAUACCUGAUAUGGGAGGAGAAUUUGUGCUUUGUUAUUAUAGCAAUAAUAUGCAGUCAAUAGUUGGUAUCAGCCAGCCUUUUCAGAUUAAGCCAAACAGAACAUUAGCAGAAAAGAAUCUGGCCCAGGAAGAGAUCAGCUGGAUGCAAAAACCUGACAAUCUGGAAUCACAUAAUGAGUUCUGAAGUCAGAAAAGGCAUUUAGUGGUCCUGAUUCAGGAGUCAGAGAUGAUUAUCUUCUUUGUCUUAGUAAUUAUAGGCAUUUCCUCUUAGAAGAUGGAGUGAGGUAGUGCAAGGGUUUCACAGGUAGGGCUAUUCAGAAACUUUAUAAGCUCAUAGAAGUUAAUUUAUUGUGGAAACUGGUAUUUUUAUUGUUACGAUGAGAGUAACUCUAAUGUUGCACUAGAUGGGAACUGUAAAAAUAGUACCUAAUGACUGCGGUAUGGUUUAACAUGACAGACGUUUCUAAUCCAAUGACUUAACCUAAGUAAGUUGCAUUCCAUAACAGAUUUUGGACUUGCUCAUUUUCUUUUCUCUGGAGGAUGUUUUAUAAGCAAUACAAUUCACAGAGCUGUAACCAUUUAAUCACUGGUUUCCAGUGUUUGAGUUUAACUGAAAUUAUUUUAAAGAUUAUUUAUUAGAUACAGUUAUCUAGCUUAUUUUAAAUUUUUACUUGAUUUUUAAAUAUAAGCUAAUUACCUUUUGGGAAACACAUGUGACAACAGGUCACAUGAAAACAAAAUGUUUAGAGCAUGUAAAUUCUCCUUUGGUAGUAGAAUCCCUUUUCUUCUGCCUUACUUCUCACUUAUAAUUCUUUCAGAAUUUUCUAUCUUUAAUUCUUCCAGAUUGUGAUAUAUCUAUCAAAGUACGGUUUUUCUGAUUUUUGGAUUCUUCUUUUUUAAAACAAUUUAUAUAGCAAUUUGUCUAUUCCUUAUUCUCUCUCUGAUUAAAAAAGUAAAACACAUACUAAUUGCUGACUUGGAGUUAAACCAAGGUCGUAUCUUUCGGAAAGAAAUUUCUCAUUUAAAGAAACUGCUUAGUGUAGGUUAGCAGAGUAGUUCAAUAAGUACUUGAUGAAGAGCUAGGUGAUGACGAUACUGUUCUUGAUUUCUGCUGUGAUGUUGUAUUUAGAAAGCUAAAGCCAUAUUUAAAUACUUCUGUGAUACCAUUCUGCCACAUAAAUAAUUCCUACACUUACUACAGAGAUGACAUGAGUGGAGAAUUUAAAAUGAACAAGCUCUUUUUUAUGGCUUGAUCCAGGCUACUAAAAAUUGUAAAGCUCUUCAGUUCAUAGCAAUCAGUCUGCAAAAAUUCUGCUUUUUUGAGAGGUGCUUGUAUUUAAAUGUAUCUUGUACAUUUGAGAGUGGAGGUAGAAUGAGAAAUAUCAAGUAAUUUAAAAAAAGUUAGCUUUAGAAACGGUUUUGUUUGAUAAGGAUUGUUUAAGGAUUUGUUUAAAAAGGAUUGGAAGUGGCUUUGGACGUUCUACAGAAUCUCAGACUGCAGUGCUGAAAAAGAGCACUGGUUAGUCUCCCAUGUUCUAGAUGUAUAGCUUUCAGCUGCCUACCACAUAUGGUAGUUACUAAUCACUGUCUUGUCAGGUAUGAAUGGAAAAAAGAAAAUUCAGUUCAAGUGGGAGAGAGAAGCAAAGAAUGUUGAUAUGUAUAUUUUGGAGUGUUGCUUGACAACUGAAUGGGUUUUGCUCACAUUAUCAAAGCCUUGGUUCUUUUAGCUAGAAAGAGCUAGCUCUUUCUUUUGAAAGAGAAAAUGAGUGCUCUCUGAUACUUGUUUUGUAUAGAUUCCUGGGAUCUUGAGAGUCUUUAUCUAUGUUAGGGUUUCCACAGCAUACAAACUGCUUAGCUUUGGUGCAAUUUGGAGUUUAAGAGCAUCAAGCCUCUGUAAAUUUUAGUUGUAUCUUUGCCUAAUGUUUGGUGUUGAGAAUUAUUUCCAGUUGUCUGUAGUGAUGGCAGGUUUAGAGGGUACUGUCUUCAGUGCAUGGAUUAAAACUAUCUUGAGGUUUAUAUCUUUUACAGUCUUAUUACACUUUGGAGCAAUAUUAGAAACCAUUUUCAUAUUUAUACCAGUCUUGCAAGAUUUUUGUUUUGCGCUAAGGCUUUCAGAUGCAACUUUACUUUUCAUUGCAAUUACAUCUUCAGACAAAUCCCUUCUGAACUGAAAAUAACCUGCAGUUUUUGAGUUCUUGCUUUGUUUCUGAUAUUACUUGUAUGAUUGUAUUACCAUGUUCCAUGCAAGGAGAUUCCAGUGGAGAGCUCAAAGAUGAAAGAAUUGUGAUCUUUGAAUUCCAGACUGCAGCUGCUGACUUCUUGUGGACCAAGAUCCAGUUUCUUCUAAUGGGGUACCUCUGCCAUUCAUGAACAGCUUAGAGGGGGAGCCAUACAGGGGCACUUUACAUGGGCAAGAAACCCAAGCUCCUUAAUGUUACUUGGGAGCCGAUAACCUACUCAGUCACUGGAGACAGAAGCCGCAUUUUGUAAACUAAUCCUUUGCACCACAGAUUUCACUGAAAAUGCCCACAGCAACUGUGAUUAAAUCUGCCUGUGUGUAAAUAAGACACUGCACAAAACUCUAUAUUCCUUUCUUUAGUGUUGUGCACACAGUAGCAGUCUUAAAUAUUGUUUACUACUGUUACCUAUGGUAGCUUUUCAAAGUAUUCCAUGGCCUGUUACAAUGUAAUUUCUGAUUAAAUUUAUCUUUCUUAAAACACCUUUAAUUAGAUGUUAUAAUCACUGGAAAUGUUUUUAUUUCUAUGUUUUUUCUUUUCAUGUACCACCAGAAUAAAUCAUGAUUAUUGAACUGUUCUACAUGCUUCUAUUAAUCUGAGAAAAAAUGUAUUGGGGAAAUUCAAUCUGUGUGUGGUAGCAGUUCUCCAUGUAAUUUUGGUAUUUUUAAAAUGCAGAUAUAUUUGCAUUCUAAAUACUGUUGUAUCAGUGGUAACAUGUUUGGUAGGGCUUUGGGCUGCAAA